AAGAUUCGUGCGCGCAACAUGACGGAGUUGGUUACCCGAGCGACCAGUUUGAAAUAAAUAUUUUGAAAAACUAACAAGUGUUUGUUGCCAAGUGCAGUGAGAAAUAAAUUUGAAGAAAACAAAACAAGCGGCAAUAUAAAAAUAGCAAGUCGCAACAAAAGUUGGCAAGGCGCAAAUAAAUUUACAAAAAUUCAAAUAGCCAAAAAAAGAAAAGUCGCAAUGGCUUGCUCCACAAAGUUUCUGAAAGUUUUGGCGCUGUUUUGGGAUUUAAUUUAUGUGCUGGCGGGUCUGCUUAUCAUAGGCCUGGGCGCCUAUAUACUAUUCGCCUUUGAGUAUUUCGACACAGCCGCCUUUGUCAUCAUAGCCCUGGGCAUUGUCAUAGUGUUGGCCUCACUGUUUGGCACACUGGGCGCAGUGCGCGAAAGCAGUCGCAUGAACAAAACGUUUGUGGCCAUAUUAGUGCUGUUGAUAGUGCUGCAUGUGCUCAGCGUGGGCUUCUUCUGGUUCUUCCAACAAUCGUUGCUCAUCAAUGUGGAUCAAACGUUCGAUAAGCUCUGGGGCGAUCAGCAGGUGCCCAUCAAACCUGGAAAUGUCAGCCAGAUUGCCAAUGUAGAGCGCUGGCUCGACUGCUGUGGCAAUGCGGGCUCCACGGACUACAUAUUGCCGCCAAACAGUUGCUACAACAGCGAGACGAACAAACUCAACAUUGAUGGCUGUCGUCAGAAGUUCUUGGACUACAUUGCCGAGCGCUGGACGGUGUUCACCAUAAUUGCCUUGGUGUUGAUAGGCAUAGAGUUGAUUUGCGCGCUGUUCUCUUAUGUGCUGGCCAAUAGUAUUGUGAAUCGCUGGAGGCGCUCCAAAUAUUUUCCGAAAUAGAUUUACACAAGUUCAACAAAAGUUUUUCAUCAACAACAAGCCAAAGAAUUCUCAAUACUGUGCAAAUACUUUAGCAUUACUAAGCAAACGAAUUUUACAAAAUUCACAUCAAUGGCGUUUGCUGGUCUACCUCAGUGGAAAAUGUAACAAAUACGUUUAGCAGGUGCCAAAAAGAAAAAAAAACGAAACAAGCAAACAGUGUUCAAACCGUUAAACAUAAAAUGUAUUUAUUUUAUUUUUUGCUAUAAGUCAAAGCACACACACACACACACAUACGCAUGCAUGCAAACAAAACUGUAACAUUUCAAG